CGAACAAGGGAGAUCUAUAAAAGCGCAGGCAGCAGAAGGCGAGAGGUAGUGUUAGAGGAGUGUCGUGGAGAGAGGUGUAGAUAAAUAACGGGAGCACGAGUUUGGUUUUUCCUCGGUUGACUGUUAUUGUGCGUGCGAUUUUGGAGAGAAGCUUGAACGAGAUCGAGGGUGCACGAAGAGAAACGGAAGAGAGUAAACGGGACGAGCACGAUCGAGAACAUACGGAGAACCCGAAACGUAACAAGCUCGAGUGCACGUCCACGUCGUAACGUAACGAGAUAGGACUUCGCUUAGCGAGGUCCAUCUCCGGGAGACGAUCAGCUCGACGCGGUCGGCGCGUGUAUCGCACCCUGGGACCUGGCGCUCGCCAGAGAUCCGUGCCUACGGCGAGGUCCCCGAAGCCCAAACAACUCGCGUCCGCCAUCUUGCGAUAGAGAGAAGUGUCGGCGAGCGAGGGGAACGCGCGUUCUCCGCGUCGGAGAAUAGGCCGCGCGAGAGCAACGGGAAGGAGGCAGAAGGAAAGAGACGCUAAGGUGGCGAACGGUCGCCGGAUGUGGUCGAAUUUGCGAGGAACGCGCACUGGGAGGACCGCGAGAGAAGAGGAACUCGAAGCGAGGUAGCAUUGCGCUAACAGGUAUUCGGAGUGCCCCGCCGCAUAUUAUUCCUUCGUAUCGUCAUCACCAUCGUCGUCGUCGUCGUCGUCGUCCUCGUCUCCAUCAUUGCUCUACUCUGGGGACUGUGAUUAUUGCGCAGUUGGAAAAAUUGCCGAGCACUGACGCCGAGGAACGUGGGAUAUCGCCUCCGAGAGGCAACCCGCGAAAAUUACCGACCGACGAAUCUGGUCGGUCUCGUGAGUGACGAGGAUACGAAGACGGGGAGAGAAAGACAAACAUCCGAGCCAUGACGAAUUCCGCGCCCAAGUUAGACAACGCCAAGGUGGACCGACAGGCCUCGCCGAAGGUCGGGUAUCAAUCCCAGCACAAUCAUCACCAUCAGCACCAUCGUUCCAACAGUAAGUCAUCGCCGUUCCUCUACAAGAACGGCCGCCACGCCGCCAGAAACACCAAAGACGGCCGGCAGAGCUGCAGCCCGUAUAGUUCGUCAUCGAAAAGUCCGAGGAAUUCGCCGCAACAACAGCAGCAACGCUAUGAGCAGCGCAGUCCAAGCAGCAGCCCGACCAACAACAGCUUCUACGCGGGUGCCAAGUUCUCGGAAACGCCAUCGCCCGCGAGCGUACCCAAACCGCCGAGCCGUUGGACGAGCACGGUAACUGGACUGAUGGACAGCUGUCACCAAUCGAACAGCACGAACGAAUACACGAGGCAACUGCGUAUAAUGCUAAACGUCCAGGCCUGAUACCCAAAAACCAACAACACGUCCACCACCAUCGUUCGAGAAAGGAAGCGGCCGUCAGCAGCUCCUAGAGAAUCAGGUACGAUAGGGAAUUAUCAUCGAUAAAGUCAUCGGCCAAGAAGAGUAAUUAUAGCGGGAAUAAUUAUAAUAACGAUGAUUACGAUGGUUGAUAAUGGUGACACCGUGUGCAGGCCGUACACACGGGUUUUCGAUUUUAUCUCGCGAGUGGAUAUCGUAAUCCGUUCUUUACGCUAAGAUAUACAUCCAGCAUACAGACUUUAACCGUAGACUAUAUACACGGCCGAUUACGCGGUGCAUCGGUACGUUCCGAUGUCGCGAUCGAUGUGUGUGCGCGCGCGCGCGCACGAGAGAGAUACAUGCAUUAUAUAUGUAUAUUGCGUUCUCUGGAACUCUCAUCACGCGCCAUUAUACGCUGUGACAAAAAUGUAAGUAAUAUACUGUGUAUUUUAGAUUAUCGUAUACCGCUAAACUUUCAACAAAAACACAAGGAGAGCCCUACGUACGUACAUACAUAUAUUAUAUAUACAUCAUCGGAACACACAAAAAGAGAAAGUACAUCCUGUCUGACGAACUGUACGACAAGCGCGGACGAGCGAAGUUGCGCUUCGCGAUUCUGUCACGAGAUGUGCUUCAAUAUCGACGCGUUGAUAAACAAGGAAAAAAUAUCUGAUAACUUUUUGCGACAACUCUUUUCAAAGCAUCUUUGAAAGCCUGCGUUUCGCAUUGCUCUUAAGACACCAGGUAUUUCCGUGCGCGUUUUUAUCUCGUCAAACUCCAAUAGUCCUAGUAAUACAAUAUUGGAGACGUCGCGGCGCGUACAAUUUGCUGCUCCGUAGCACGGAAAUGCUGGACAAAUAAUUAUUCGUUUAACAACCGCCCGACUAAUGAUCGUUAUCAGUAUACUUCUUUACUAACAAUUUCUUUAUCACUUUGAUUACAAAUGAAUUUCAAGUAGCCCUUUUUAGUUUCAGUUUAUUUUUCUUUUUUGUUUUUUUUUGUUGGGGAUAUUUUUAUUUUCUUGCUAUUCUGCUAUAUUGUUCUACGUGAAAUAAGUAUAAGAUAUAAGUUUUGAGUUUCAUAGUACACGUUAACAGAGUGUGAGUUAAAUCAACGACAUAGACAGAAGGGAUUGGUAUAACAGAAGAAAUCUGAAUGAUAGAUAAAGACUCAUGAAUGAUUAUGAAUGAAUGCUUCGAUUGUAUGAAUGUGUUUUGGAUAUAAUAUAAUAAUCAUUACGACAUCGUGCAUCAAUUUCCAAAUUUUGAUCACAUUUUUCGUACUCGAUUCUCGGCAUAUUUCAAUAAAAUCAUUAAUAAAUUGCACAUAAAUUUAAAGUUUAUUUUUAUCAUAGUAAAGAAGAGUGAUGGAAACUGAAUUUCCAUAGAAAUGAACAGAGAAAGCGAGAUAAGAAAUAUUGUCAGAUUCAAUCGUUAUAUAAACAAAACUUCUUAUUCGUAAUCAAUUUAUAACAUCUGUUAUAAAUCGUUCUUAAUGUAAUACUAUUAAUGUGAUUGUCGUGAUCGUUCUAUUGCGUUUGAAAAAUUUCAAUAUUAACAAAUACUAUUUAGAUAUGAAGGAUAUAAAAGAAGAGAUUUUUAAGGAGAAAGAGAAUAUUAGUGUCGUCAUUAUCUAAUAACUUUGGUUAACUAACGUUUGAUAAAAUGAUUGUCUGUCUUAAGUCGUAAUCAUAACUAUAACAGAGAAAUAGGACUUGAUAACAACAGUUAAGAAAUAAUAUUGUGUCCCUAUCAACGAGAUGGAAAUUCACAAAUAGAUAAAAGCAGGAAUGAGGUUUAACGAUAACAACAGUUAAGAAAUGGAUGAAUAGCAACAGUUAAGAAGUAGAUAAGUUAAGGACUUGAUAACAACAAUUAAGAAAUAAUACUAUGUUCCUAUCAACGAGAUGGAAAUUCACAAAUAGAUAAAAGCAGAAGUAAGGUUUAACAAUAACCAACAUUGACUCAACCCGUCCUUAAAACGUUCUUUGUGCAAGUUUACGGAAAGUUCUAUUAUGCUAACAGGUUUAGGACGAGUAGGACGAUGCACUAAAGCUUUUCGUUGUUCUUAAUAUUUUAUGGGCGCAAUUGUCAUAUCAAACUCGCAUCAUUUCUAUCUAUAUUAGACAAGUAAAUGGAUAAUACAGUAAUGGAUAAUACAGUAACGAUAAUAAUAAUAUAAGAAUAAAUAAUUAACAAUGAUAGUAGUAAGAUAAGGCCUUAACGAUACAAUAGCGUGGAGAAUACGAUCGAGAGUUAAGUUUUUAAAA